UUGCUUUUAGCCUUACCACCACACUACAUGGAAUUUAUCUUUCUCCUUGGGAGAUAGUAACCAGAGAAUUCUCCUCUAUCCUCAUGUCUUCUUCCCUCACCAAACUGGCAGAUUCUUGACACCCAAUACAGAUUGCGGAUAUCCACCUCUCUCUCUAUCUUAUAAGACAAGCCACCAACCAGCUUCUUCUGUUCCUUGUCACACAGCUUCAUGGCUGACAGGAAGAGAAUUCCACUUCUAAGCCUUCUCAGGAGGGCAAUUCAGAAGGUAAGGUUCUUGCUGUCUUUUGAUGCCACCAGAUGGAUGGCCUCCUCCCUCAAGAGAUCGCCGCUGGUGUCUCGCCGGCUGAGCUUCACCGCCCGACCGAGCCUGCUCGACUGCACCGACGAUGACGGCUACGAGGCCGGGUCGUCGUCGUCGAGGACGCUCUCGAGGACGGUGAGCUUGUCGAGGUCACCGGCGUCGAGGACGACGAGCCCCGGGUCGGAGGCGUCGAGGUCACUCAGCGGUGCGUCGUCCGACGACGACAUCAACCAGAGGGCAGACAGGUUCAUCGAGAACUUCUACCGGCAGUUGCGGAUGGAGAGGCAGGUCUCCCUUCAGCUGAGAUACUGCAGGCAGAAGAGCUUGGAGGAGGAUGGAUACACAUUGAAGCCUUUGCCUUGGUGGCCACUCAGGGUUAUGAGAAACCCUCAAAUAGUCAUCAAUGGUGGUAACCAUUUUCCUUAAAGAGGAUCUUCAUGUUGGUUGGUGGUUUCUGUAGUCUACAGUUGCCAUAAAGUAUUUGUCACCGAUGCUAAGGAUACCUCUUUGCUAAUGUAUAUAAUGCAUUAAAUAUAUCAUUCUGGAAAUGCAUUAAAUGUUGGUUUCAACUUUUUUUCAAAAUUAUGUGCAUAUAUAUAUAUAUAUAUAUAUAUAUAUAUAUAUAUAUAUAUA